UUGAUUAGUUGUUAAUUUAACUCUGCUUCGGCAGUUCGGAGGGGAGCCUCUAUUUCUGCUGCCGCCGCCCCUCAUCAUCAUCAUCAUCAUCAGCAGUAGUAGUAUCAUCAUCAACAGUAUCAACAGCAGCAACAAUGACCCUCGACAGAAAGAUCCAGCUCAACCACAUCGCGCACGUGUAUUAUACACACAAAAACAUCGACAAGCAGCUCGAGUUCCUCGACGACUUUGGAUUCCAAAAGGAAAAAGUUGUAGGGAAGUCGACCUACUUUUGUGGAUAUGGCCCCGAGCCCUUCCUCUACGUCGCCACUGCCGGGGACGCGGACGAGUUUGGCGGAGCCGCGUUCGCGGUCGACACGCUCGAGGACCUCGAGCUCGCGGCGUCGGUGCUCCCGGGCGCGACUCCGAUCUACGAGUUGAAUGACGCGCCGGGCGGGGGCAAGUGCGUGACGUUCAAGGACCCGGUCGAUGGGUUCCCGUUCCAUCUUGUGUAUGGGCAGACGAAGCGCGAGGUCGAGGCGUUGCCGGAGCGGGAGUUUAAUUUCCCGACGCAGAAGCACCGCGCGGUGAAUCACUUUCAGCGGUUUGAGAAGGCACCCGCGCCGGUGCACAAGUUGGGUCAUUUUGGGAUGUGCGUGACCAACUGGGCCAAGACGUUCGAGUUCUACUCAAAGCACUUUAACUUUGUGCCAUCUGAUAUCAACUACGACCCCGAGACCGACAACAACAUUGUCUCGUUCAUGCAUCUCGACCGUGGAUCUGAGCUGGUGGACCACCACUGCUUCUUCUUCUUUGAAGGCCCGGUGUCGCAUGUGCACCACUCGUCCUUUGAAUGCCAUGACUUUGACACUCAGGUGCUCGGCCACGACUGGCUCCGCCACAAGGGCUAUGAGAACUGCUGGGGGGUUGGCAGACAUAUCAUGGGAUCGCAGAUCUUUGACUACUGGUUUGAUCCUUCGAAGUUCAUUCUGGAGCACUACGUGGAUGGGGAUUUGGUGAACGACGAGACGAAGACGAACCGAGUGCCUGCGUCGCCUGACGGACUGCAUGUGUGGGGACCCGAUUUGCCUCCUACCUUUUUGCAGUGAGCAGUAGUAGUGGUAGUGGUAGUAGCAGUAGUUAGUGAAUACAUGUCCUGUGACCAUACAAAGAAUAGAGCGUAAGCAAGCAACCCUACACAAACUCAACAGCAGAGUAGAGCACAGUAGUUAAUAGCAGGAACUAAGUUUAAUACUCGGCCUAACUCUCCCCC